AGCCAUUUUGGAUAUCAGAGCCGCGCUUGCUGCUCUUCACCGUCCGGGGUAGGAGUUCGGCUCCUCUAGCUCGUCUCCUCUAGCUCGUCUUCUCGUUCCGGUUUCAGUCGAGCUAACAUUUUGAACAUGGUGAAGGGUGGAAAUGCAGCAAAGCAGGCACUGAACAGAGCCUUCGCUUCCACACAAGUGGCUUCCAGUGGCGAGACGACGGCGCGCACGGCCGGUGCCGCCAUGUCUUUCGCCAAGAAGAUCAAAGCCAGCCGUUCCAUCGACAUGCCGAUGCUCUCUCAUGAGGGGAAGUCGGAACGUGCCAUCGACGGGAACACCGCCGCGGCACAUGUGGCAUAUGCCCUCAGUGAUGUCUCCUUCAUCUACCCCAUCUCCCCUUCCACCAGUAUGGGGGAGACCAUGGACAAGUUUGCCACCGCCGGUCGCAAGAAUGUCUUUGGGCAGACGGUGAAGGUCAGGCAGAUGCAGUCUGAGUUGGGAUCAGCCGGUGCUUUGCAUGGCGCUCUCUCAGGUGGAGCAUUGUGUACAACCUUCACGGCCUCACAAGGAUUGCUCUUGAUGAUCCCAAACAUGUACCUUUGUGCUGGCGAGCUCCUGCCCGCGGUCUUCCACGUCUCCGCGCGUGCCUUGGCGCGGCAGUCGCUCUCCAUCUUUUGCGACCACUCUGACGUCAUGGCCGUGCGAUCCACUGGCUGUGCGCUGCUGAGUGCCCACAACCCUCAAGAGGUCAUGGACAUGGGCUUGGUGGCGCACUUGGCAUCCUUGAAAUCCUCGGUGCCUUUUGUUCACUUCUUCGACGGUACGCGAACCAGUGGUGUCAUCGAAUGCGUGAAGCCCAUCCCGUACAGCACCAUGAAGAGCAUCGUGCCAUGGGAUGAGCUAGACAGCUUUCGUCAACGUGGGCUGAAUCCUCAGCAUCCCAUGAUGCGCGGACUGGGACAGGAUCCGCAAGUGUACUACCAGUCUGCAGUCUCUGCCAACAAGUACUAUGACGCCGUGCCAGAGAUUGUGCAGGAGGUGAUGGAUCAGGUGGCGGUCAUCACAGGACGUCAUUACAAGCUCUUUGAGUACUAUGGGGAUCCAGAGGCGGAGCGAGUGGUUGUGCUGAUGGGUUCAGCUGCCAAGACCGCGGAGGAAACCGUAGACUACUUGCGCGCUCGUGGAGAGAAGGUGGGCAUCCUAAAAGUCCAUCUCUUCCGGCCUUUCUCCACCGAGCACUUUUUGGCCGAGCUCCCCGACACUGUGAAAGCGAUCGCAGUUCUGGAUCGGACCAAGGAGGAUUUGGCUCCAUCACUGCCACUUCAUGCUGACGUUUUGACCGCCAUGAGCGAGGCGGGUGUCUACAAGAAGGUGGUGGGUGGCAAUUAUGGCCUCGGAAGCAAAGAAUUCGCACCAAGACAUGUGAAGGCUGUCUUCGACAAUCUGCAGAACGAGGUGCCCAAGAAGCACUUUACCGUGGGCAUCAACGACGAUGUGACGCACAGCAGCCUGGAGAUCGGGCCAACCAUCAACACCCAGGAUCCAGAAGUCACGCAGGCG